AGUGCAUUGCCUCCCAAGGAAUCAAACGGGGGGAGAGAGGAACGUGCGGAGGAAGAAGGCAGGGAAGGACGGGCAGGGCUGGGGAGGGUCCCAGUGCCGGUCCCGCCCGCCUCGGAGCGCCCGCUUCGCCCUCACGCCGGGACCGUGAGGAGAGUCACCCGGGGCAGCCGCCACCCGCCGGCUCCGCGCCCAUGUGCUCCCGGAAGCCGUGGAGGGCAGCCCCCGCGCCCGGUGUGUCAGGACAUUUGACUUCAUGAUGGGACAGAACGUCACCCUAGCUGUUAGGAUUCGACAUUCCCCUGGUGUGAGGAUUCGUCAAGGCUGAGAGACUCUGAAUUAUCUAUAAACCUCCUCUAAAAUACACAGCUGCUUUUCUGCCUCCCCAUUGCAAGGCGUCUUGGAGCAGAUACAAAGAUGGCCUCUAGCCUCACCUGUGCUGGCAUCGUCUGGGCCUUCCUCUCUUUCUUCUGCGCUGCUGCCUCCUGCGUGGGCUUCUUCAUGCCCUACUGGCUCUUGGGGUCUCAGCUGGAGAAGUCAGUUUCCUUCGGCACUUUCCGGAGGUGUGCCUACCCAGUGCGGGAUGAGAGCCGCCAGACAACCGUGAUGGUGGAGCAGUGUGGCCGCUACGCCUCUUUCCAGGCCAUCCCAAGUGCCGAGUGGAGGAUCUGCACGGUAGUGACGGGCCUGGGCUGUGGGCUGCUCCUCUUGGUGGCCCUGACGGCGCUCAUGGGCUGCUGUGUGUCUGAGCUCAUCUCCAGGACUGUGGGCAGGGUGGCAGGAGGCAUCCAGUUCCUGGGCGGUUUGUUGAUUGGCUCUGGUUGUGCCCUCUAUCCUCUCGGCUGGGACAGUGAAGAAGUCAGACAAACUUGUGGUAACCUUUCCAACCAGUUUGAAUUGGGCACCUGCCACAUCGGCUGGGCCUACUACUGCACAGGCGGAGGCGCGGCGGCAGCCAUGCUGGUGUGCACCUGGCUGGCCUGUUUCUCAGGCAAGAAGCAGAAGCAGUAUCCCUACUGACCUGGCCCAGGGCGCCGGUGCUGCCAGGCGCCCCAGGGGCUAUCUUCUGGAUAACGACAAUGAGCGAGAAUUUUUUAAGUGCAUUCUCUCUGGAGCGGGCAUGGGGCGGGAUGGCUGGCAGCCCAAGGGAGGGCAAGGGAGGGGAAUGGCAGCAGAAAGCUACCUGGCUGGGCUGUAUGAGGACAAGCCCACUCGUGGUCUGCUCCACAAAAAUAUAAGUAAGGAAAACUCUACUUUGGCAGAUGGUGAAAUGGUGCAUGCACCGAUGAAUCAAAAGGUUGACGAGAGGACGGCAGUGCCAGGGAGGCAGCUCCUCGGUGCACCACUCCUGAAAGCACACAUGCACACACAGAUGUUGAACGUGGCACAAAAUAAGUAGAGAGGAAACUUCUUUUUGGUGACAUUCUUCUUUCUUUUCUUUUUAUUUUCCUUUUCUUUUUUUUUUUUUAACUUCCUUCUGAUGGUUUAAAAUUCAGUGUUGCAACACUUUUAAUCUAUACAUUAAACUUAAUAAAAGGACCAAUAAGCCACUUGAUCAGUAUUUUGUAUAUUCUCUACACGUUUUUCUUCCCCAAACAUUUAGCCACUGCUUAUUCAGCCCUAUAUAACUUUUAUUAAGCCUCUGUGUUUUCAGCCUUAUUACAAAAAUGCAACACAAUUACUUGGCAUAUGUAGCCUUUCCCUAUAGUACUUUUAUGAAGUGCGGUAAAUGGACAUUUUUCUGUCCAUUGGAAAUUCCACUCACAGUACUGUAGAGCUCUUGUUGGUUACAUUCAACUAACAGGAAAUUUCUUCCAGACAUAGAUUUCUGUUGCUGUUAUGUUUAGCUCAUUGAUGUUGUAUUGUGCUGUACCAUGUUUAUUAUUUCAAUAUUCAUUUUUGUAAAAAAAAUAUAUAUAAUAUGUGCUAUUUUAUGUUUGUAUUUGAAAAAUCUCUGUAAAUAAAUUUUUCCUUGGUCAAUA